ACAAAACACAGGGACCAUACUGCAAAUCCUACUCCUCUCCCACCAAGAACCAAGAAACGACACCACCAAUCCCUAGCAGCAGCAGCAGCGGCGGCGGCGGGGGAUCCAGCAUGGAGCCAGCCCGACGAUCCACCGCCGCGUCGGACGGCGGCGGCGGCUCGUCGGCGGCCGGAUCGGACGGCGAGGACGACAGGUACCUCAGCGCCAGCUCCGCGCUCGGCACGCCCAGCUCCCUCGCCACCCUCCUCCCCUCCUCCGACCUCUGGGAUCACCAGAUGGACCUCCUCCUCCUCGACGACCCCGUCGCCGGCUUCCCCAAGGCCCACCAGCUGACCCGCCUCCAUCCGCCGCCGGAGCCGCCGCGGCCCGAUCCUCCCGCCCCCGCCGCGGCCGGCGACGCCGUUCUCCCGCGGCCGCCGGAGCCGGAUCCCACCCAGGUGGACAACCUUGAUGACAAUCAUUUAUUUGAUGAUAUGGUUCAAGAGAUGGAACAUAUUCUUCUCAAUUCAGGGGAGCCCCAUGAAAGUGCAUCUUUUACAGAUUAUCGCGCAAAUAAUUCUUCCCAAGCUCAUCAUUUCAGAGAUGGAAGCACCACUGCCUCUACUUCUGGUACAGAUGAUGCUUAUGUAUAUCCCCUUCCUCACCAUCCUUCAAAAAUUGAUUGGGUGGAGGUUGUGGGAGCAAAGCAAAGAACAGGAGAUGUUUCUUUUGGUGAGCGAAUGGUUGGGGUCAGAGAAUAUACUGUUUAUUUGUUAAAAGUCAAGAGCGGAGAAGAUGACUGGGAAAUUGAGAGGCGGUACCGUGAAUUUUAUGCUCUAUACCAACAACUCAAGCUCUUGUUUGCUGAGAAAGGUUUCAGUCUGCCUCCUGCAUGGAGAAACGUUGAAAAAGAAUCAAGUAAAUUAUUUGGGAAUGCAUCCCCAGACAUCGUCAAUGAGAGAAGUAGUCUAAUUCAAGACUGUUUGUGUUCUUUGCUUGUCUCUAGUUAUCCAUUUGGAACACCCACUCCUCUGGUUAGUUUUUUGUCACCAGGGAGUCCUGCUUAUGAGUAUAGCUUGUUAAAAACUCUUAUCCCAAGAUCUUUGCAAAGGCUAAGCAGUGAUUCACAUUCCAAAGGCUCAAGCUGCAAUGGAACUUCACACAAAGAUUCUGCCUCAAUGGGCAAGACUAUAUCACUUGUUGUGGAGGAUAGGCCUCGGAAGUCCACUAGACAGUUGUUGGAGUUACAACACUACAAUUGUGCUGGAUGCCAUAGGCAUUUGGAUGCUGGGCGAACAAUGCUGCAAGAAAUUGUCCAAACAAUCGGAUGGAACAAGCCUCGGUUUUGUGCUUACACUGGCCAAUUGUUUUGUGCUUCUUGUCACACAAAUGAUACUGCAGUUCUGCCAGCAAAAGUGCUACACCACUGGGAUUUCUCUUUAUAUCCUAUUUCCCAGUUAGCAAAAGCAUAUUUGGAUUCCAUCUAUGACCAGCCUAUGCUCUGUGUAAGUGCUGUCAAUCCUUUCCUCUUUGCAAAGGUGCCAGCUCUGCUUAAUAUUAUGAGUAUUCGGAAGAAAAUAGCAGCUAUGCUUCCAUGUGUCCAAUGUCCUUUCCGGAAUUCCAUAUUUAGAGGACUAGGAGCUCGAAGAUACCUUCUUGAUGGGAAUGACUUCUUUGCGCUCCGUGACCUUGUUGAUCUUUCGAAAGGGGCUUUUGCAGCGCUUCCCGUUAAGGUGCAAACAAUAUCAAAUCGGAUACUUUUACACAUCACAGAACAAUGCCUUGUGUGCUACGACUCUGGCGUUCCUUGUGCUGCUCGGCAAGCUUGUGAUGAUCCGCUAGCACUCAUCUUUCCGUUUCAGGAGGAUGAAGCUACAAAGUGUGGUUCGUGUGGAUCAAUCUUCCAUAAACAAUGCUUCAGGAAAAUAAGCAUAUGUCCUUGCGGUAAGGGUGCUGCCAGCAAAGGCAGGAAAAUCGUUGCGCUUGAACAAGCUGUGCGUGACGAUGCAAGCAGACCAUCAACUCAGUUGAUCCAACCCUCAUCGUUCUCCUCAUCAUCUGGUUUUUUCUCCGAUAUCAUCUCAAAGGCUAGGCCAGAUAAACUUUGGAAACCAAGAAAUAGCAGCCCUGUAAUUCUUAUGGGUUCUUUGCCAGAUACGUCUACAUGAGCUCAGUUGUAUGUUCAUGUUCCAUUUAUAUUGUUGUGUUUUUCGCCACAUAAAGUGUGUGCCUUUGAGAUUGUAAGAGAUGCCGUGGAGCAUUUUUAAUUCAUAUUGUUUUGUACGUAAUAAAAUGUAGCAUUUUUGUGCGUUUGUUUGCAUCAAACGCUUCAAAGGAUUCAGUGCUUUUUUUUAA